UCUUCACGCUUAAAUAGGGUGAGUUCGAACGGCCGGUGGUGCAUGCGCACUUGAGCGCUCCGCGGCCCCAGGCGGCAGAGGGGAAGAUGGCGGCGGUGGUACAGAAUGUGGUGAAGCUCCUUGGCGAGCAAUAUUAUAAGGACGCCAUGGAACAGUGCCACAACUACAAUGCCCGCCUGUGUGCCGAGAGGAGUGUCCGGUUGCCCUUCCUGGACUCGCAGACUGGAGUGGCGCAGAGCAACUGCUACAUUUGGAUGGAGAAGCGACACAGGGGGCCAGGCUUGGCAUCUGGCCAGCUCUAUUCCUACCCGGCUCGACGCUGGCGGAAAAGACGUCGCGCUCACCCUCCUGAGGAUCCAAGGCUUUCCUUCCCUUCCAUUAAACCAGGAAGAGAAGCAGCGACUUACAACUUGCUUGGGAGUGAUGCAGAAGGGGUAGUCAGAGGGCAGCCCCUCGCGAGGCCGGAUGACGACAGAGAUUAUUUUCUUGAGGUUGAGAGGUCGACGAGUCAUCACCGUCAUUGCUUCCUCCUUCAUCAUCCUCAAAAAUGGGGUCCAAACUCUGAGGAAGUUUUAACAUUGUAA